GUCAGCUGGCUGCGCCGAGUUGGCGGUUACUGUACAGUUGCUGGGAGGAGGCUAGAGGUGGAGCCGCUGGGGCCAAGAUCAUGCCGGACAGCGAGAGGUAUUCUGGGCAGCAGAGGCCGCUAGGCUUGGGAUGAAAGAAGCAGGGCAGAUGCAAAAUCUGGAGAGCGCGGGGGCCGGGCGGUCAGUCAGCACCCAGACUGGCAGCAUGACUGGUCAAAUACCAAGGCUUUCUAAAGUCAACCUUUUCACUCUGCUUAGUCUCUGGAUGGAGCUCUUCCCAACAGUAAAUACAGCCCAAAGACAAAAAUCUCAGGAAAAGGAAGAGGGAAAGCAUGGACCCUUAGGAGAUAAUGAGGAGGUGGCCAGAAUAUCUACUGAUAAAAAACAGGUGAAGAGAACUGGCCUUGUGGUGGUGAAAAACACGAAAAUUGUUGGUCUCCAUUGUUCUAGUGAAGAUUUACAUGCUGGGAAAAUUGCUCUUAUAAAACAUGGGUCAAGGCUGAAAAACUGUGAUCUUUAUUUUUCCAGAAAACCAUGUUCUGCUUGUUUGAAAAUGAUUGUAAAUGCUGGAGUUAACCGAAUUUCAUACUGGCCUGCUGAUCCAGAAAUAAGUUUGCUUACUGAGGCUUCUAGUUCUGAAGAUGCGAAGUUAGAUGCCAAAGCAGUGGAAAGAUUGAAGUCAAACAGUCGGGCCCACGUGUGUGUCUUACUUCAGCCUUUGGUGUGUUAUAUGGUGCAGUUUGUAGAGGAGACCUCUUACAAAUGUGACUUUAUUCAAAAAAUUGCAAAAACACUGCCGGAUGCUAACGUUGACUUUUAUUCUGAAUGUAAACAAGAAAGAAUAAAAGAAUUUGAAAUGUUAUUUUUGGUUCCAAAUGAAGACAUGCAUAAGCAAAUACUGAUGACUAUAGGUUUGGAGAACCUCUGUGAAAAUCCAUACUUUAGCAAUCUAAGGCAAAACAUGAAAGACCUUAUCCUCCUUUUGGCCACAGUAGCUUCCAGUGUGCCCAACUUUAAGCACUACGGAUUUUAUUGUGGUAAUACCGAACAGAUUAAUGAAAUUCACAAUCAAAGUUUGCCACAAGAAAUUGCAAGGCACUGCAUGGUUCAGGCCAGGUUAUUGGCAUAUCGAACUGAGGAUCAUAAAACUGGAGUUGGAGCAGUCAUUUGGGCAGAAGGAAAAUCUAGGAGUUGGGAUGGAACCGGUGCCAUGUACUUCAUAGGAUGCGGUUAUAAUGCUUUUCCUGUUGGGUCCGAGUAUGCUGAUUUCCCACACAUGGAUGAUAAACAGAAAGACAGAGAAAUAAGGAAAUUCAGAUACAUUGUACAUGCGGAACAGAAUGCCUUGACAUUUAGGUGUCAAGAAAUAAAACCAGAAGAAAGAAGUAUGAUCUUUGUCACAAAGUGCCCAUGUGAUGAGUGUGUACCUUUAAUUAAAGGUGCAGGCAUAAAACAAAUCUAUGCAGGAGAUGUAGAUGUUGGAAAAAAGAAAGCAGACAUCUCUUACAUGAGAUUUGGGGAACUUGAGGGUGUUAGCAAAUUUACAUGGCAGCUGAAUCCAUCAAGAACUUGUGUGGGUGAACAAAAUGAGCCUGAAAGCAGAGAGAACGGUGUGUUGAGACCCAUACCUCCCGGUGAAGAUCAGCACCAAAGCAAAAAGCUGUGUCUCGGGAACCGCUAAGAAGGCCUGUCUAGACUGGAGUGAAGCCUCAAGAACUUUUAUUGCACUUUUAAAACUCUAGCCUUGUUAACUCAGAAAAUAAGGAUGGAUUUUAUGAAUAACUGGAAAAAAAAUUUAAGGAAGCUACUUUAUUAUCACCAUAUGAAUGAUGUUAAUGACAAUAUUUUUAUUUUAGAUUUGUCUGUUUUCCAGAAUAUAGUGGUGUGGUCUUUUAUUACAUUAAAUGAGGUAGCAAUAAUUUAAUGAGA